UUAAAGAAUAAGAGUAGUAAUUUCUAGCGCUGCCUACGGGUUCUUGGUCAAACUAGGCGGCUUUGGACUUGCUUGACCGCUUGACUUGCAAUCCCCUAAACAUUGUUUACGCUAACUCGUCUGCUAUGGCCCGGACAAAAUUAAAAAUGCCGCAGGCGAAGCAAGGUACCAAACCAAAGGCAAAACCUGCGGCUACAGGUGGGGCGUCACCAGGCGGAGGAACGCCCACGCGCAGCGGCAGGUCCCCAGGUGGCACUGAGGCUGGAGCCAGCCCGGACCGCAAAAAGCGUCGGUACCGCCCUGGCACCGUUGCGUUGAGGGAAAUACGCAAGUACCAAAAGAGCACGGGGCUGCUCAUACGUAAGCUACCCUUCUCCAGGCUGGUUCGCGAGCUGAGCAACGGCAUGCUGCGCGAGCCUUUCCGCUGGACUGCUGAGGCGUUGUUAGCAUUGCAGGAGGCGAGUGAGGACAUGCUGAUCCACUUGCUGGAGGACUGCAACCUGUGCGCCAUCCACGCCAAGCGAGUAACCAUCAUGCCCAAGGACAUGCAGCUAGCGCGGAGAAUCCGAGGCCCCAUCUACGGCAUUUCCAGCGGCUAAGAGGGAAGCCUGCAGCUGCAUCCAUGAGACCUCAAACGACUUCGGGUGGAUUGACUGUUGCGUGUCGUUGAACUACAUGUGUCAUGCCUUGGACUCUGACUUGCAUGCAUAUAUGCAUUCUUCAUGUGGGCGGUGCUAGAUGGGUAGGCAAGUACACGAACUGCGAACUGACUAGUAGGGUGAGGUGGUUGAUGUUGUGGGUUGCAAUUCGGCAUGACUGUGGUGGAUGGGCUUUAAUGCCGCCUACUGAGGACAUGGGGUGCUACAAGUGACUCGCUAUGGCCUUUUGGUUCAGAGCUCAGCUGCCAACAAGACGCAAGGAGUUUGAACCCAGUGGAUUUGAAACCCAGUUUCGAAGCCGACAUUUGUGCCGUCCAGUGACGAACAAGCGUGAUGCUUUUCCAGGUAUCCAUUGACACUUUGCUGGUGCGUCUCUGUAGUUUGGAGGGCGUUGGCGCCACCCCGUAUGGGCCGCUUGCUCCUUACAUGGGAGAAUGUGGUUAUGGGCUUUAUAGCCGGAUGGCUUUACGACCGUGUGGUUGUGUGUUUCUGUGGUAGAGGGGUUUUGUGCAUCUCUGCACAGCAACUCUGACUUCACACCACGAAUCCAGGUGCCCUUUUGUCACCACCCCAGGUCGUCUCUGUGGCACUGUUACUUCAGCAUCACCACAUACGACCCCCUUGGUAAAUUCCAACGCCG